AUGCCAUCCACCAGCACCACCGCCAACACUCAAGUCCCAGCUCCCGCUUCGUCCGCCGAUUCUGGGGAAACCAGAGAAUACGAAGUCCUCGUCAUUCCCCCCGUUGCUAUCGCAAACCCAGCUGAAUCCGAUGCUGCUACAUUGCGGACAAAGACUAAAAAAAUUACUUGUACCGGACAAAGCGGAACUGUAUUCUGGAUCCCUGAUGGAUACAGACCAGUACUGGUCAGAACGACCGACUUACCUUUGUUGGUUGGAGCUGAAUUUCCGGUCGUCAGUAGUGUGGAUGAUGGUGAAGAUUCGAAUUAA